GUAACCGCCCACAAAGUUGGUCAGCCAGGUGACAGGAGAGCCAGCCGGGAAACAGCACGGACCACGUCCCGCCUGCGUUAGGAAGUCGACUACGUAACGAUUCACAACCAAAUCAAAGUCGACUAGCCAAAACCACCUGCUUAAAUCCUGCGUUUAUUGCCUGCUUUCACGUGCUCGCAAUCUGACAGCCUCUUAUCCGUCAGCAGUUGCGACGUAACCAGCUAGCAGUUCGAGGACACUCAUAACAUAACGCUAGCCUCUGACGUUAGAGAAGACUCAACGGUUGGUUGUUGUAUUUCUGUCCGGGUAAAGAUAGAUAAGCCAGCAGCGAGAUGUCCGAACCGGUCGGAGAGGCGAAGCUGGAGGUGAAGCAAGCGAGCAAAGAGGUGAAGGAGAGCGAGAACGUAGCGGAAAAAUAUUCAGCCAUGACCGUGAGCAAAAACAGCGAAAUAACCAUGGGAGAGCUGUCGACUGUCUUCAGCGCUGUGCCCACUCACAAACCGGUUAAAAAGCAAAUCCAGUUUGUGGAGGACAAGCAGGAGUUCAGCAGGUUUCCCACCAAGGCAGGCCGUCGCUCCCUGUCCCGCUCCAUCUCCCAGUCCUCCACAGACAGCUACAGCUCUGCUGCAUCAUAUACGGAUAGCUCUGAUGAUGAGACCUCGCCACGGGACAAAACUCAGGUCAACAGCAAGGGCAGCAGUGACUUCUGUGUCAAGAACAUCAAGCAGGCUGAAUUUGGCAGGCGGGAGAUUGAGAUCGCAGAGCAAGAUAUGUCGGCACUGAUCUCACUCAGGAAGAGAGCACAGAGUGAGAAACCGUUGGCAGGUGCCAAGAUUGUGGGCUGCACUCACAUCACUGCCCAGACUGCAGUGCUGAUUGAGACUCUGGUUGCUCUCGGAGCUCAGUGCCGCUGGACCGCAUGCAACAUAUACUCCACACAGAAUGAAGUGGCUGCUGCCCUGUCAGAGACAGGUGUGGCUGUGUUUGCCUGGAAGGGGGAGUCUGAAGAUGACUUCUGGUGGUGUAUUGACCGCUGUAUCAACACUGAGGGCUGGCAACCUAAUAUGAUCCUGGAUGAUGGGGGAGACUUGACACACUGGAUGUAUAAGAAAUACCCCAACGUAUUCAAGAAGAUCAGGGGCAUUGUGGAGGAGAGUGUCACUGGGGUUCACAGGUUGUAUCAGCUGUCUAAAGCUGGAAAACUGUGCGUGCCUGCGAUGAAUGUAAAUGACUCUGUGACAAAGCAGAAGUUUGAUAACCUGUACUGCUGCAGAGAGUCCAUCUUGGAUGGUUUGAAGAGAACCACAGAUGUCAUGUUCGGAGGCAAACAGGUGGUCGUAUGUGGUUACGGCGAGGUUGGAAAAGGUUGUUGUGCUGCUCUGAAAGCAUUGGGAGCCAUUGUCUAUGUGACAGAGAUUGAUCCCAUCUGUGCCCUGCAGGCCUGCAUGGACGGAUUCCGAGUGGUCAAGCUUAAUGAAGUCAUUCGCCAAGUAGAUGUCAUCAUCACAUGCACUGGAAAUAAGAAUGUGGUGACCAGGGACCAGCUGGACAGAAUGAAAAAUGGAUCCAUUGUCUGCAACAUGGGACAUUCCAACACUGAGAUUGAUGUGGCAAGUCUACGGACCCCCGAGCUGACCUGGGAGAGAGUCCGCUCUCAGGUGGAUCAUGUCAUCUGGCCCGAUGGCAAGAGAAUUAUCCUCCUGGCUGAGGGACGUCUCCUGAACCUCAGCUGUUCCACUGUCCCUACCUUUGUGUUGUCCAUCACAGCCACCACUCAGGCUCUGGCACUCAUCGAGCUGUACAACGCUCCAGAGGGACGUUACAAGCAAGACGUUUACUUGCUUCCCAAAAAGAUGGAUGAAUAUGUUGCGAGUCUGCAUCUGGCCACGUUUGAUGCCCACCUGACAGAGCUUAGUGACGAGCAGGCAAAAUACCUGGGUCUGAAUAAGAACGGCCCUUUUAAACCCAAUUACUACAGGUAUUAGUCUGUCUCACCUGAGAACAACAGCAUGUGGAUGGUUCCUGAUUAGUACCCGACCUCCAGGCAAAAAAAA